AUGAACAAGAGUGUUGACACGACUCCUGUGAUGGUGGAGCCGGAUAAGACAAGUAUUGGAGGCGUCACGUUGAAGAAAUUUAAGUUUAGUGGUAUUUCGUUGAAAUCCGGCUAUCCGGUGGCAAAGAAAACACAAGGUAUACCGAAAAAACCUGUGGCUUUCUGUAGCACUUUGGACGGUGGUAAUGGCAAUUUGAAGACUGGAGACACGGGUGCGAAACGUGAGACGCUGCAUGAGGAACAGCUUAAACAGAAGAAGGAUGAGAAAGCAAAAUUUUUAGAGGAAGAGGAUGCUGUGCCAAAGCAGCUGGAUUUGUGGACACCGGAAGACGAAGAAAAGGGUGAAACCUUGGAAGAACGGAAAAAACGCGACAAGGAGAAGGCACAACAGCGUGAACGCGUCCAAAAGGUUGUUGAAGAAGCUGACCCAUUAGACGCGUAUAUGGCUGGUCUUGUAGAUGAGGCAGCUAUGAACCAAUCUCGUGCGAACCCUGCUGCUAACGUGAUCUCGCAGACUGAGAUCGAAGCAAAGGGAAAAAUCAAUAUUUAUGGUACAUUUUUGCCUCCGGAUGUACCAGAGCAGCAUAAUGUCCCAGUAGCUGUGCCGGGUCCGUUCAAGGAGCUUCAAGUGUCUGAUAGCGCGAUAGCAGAAACGCUUGAAGAACGUGAAGCCCGUGAAGAGCGUGAACUCAAGGAGUUUAUGCGAGCGAUUAAAGAUAAGCGUGCACAAGAAGAAAAGGAGGCUGCCGAAGCUACCACGGUGACUACUACGACGAAAACAAGCAAAGAAGUUGAAGAAGAUUUGGCAAUGAAGAAAGGUGGUACGGGGCGGAUUUACCAGGGAUUUGAAGAAGAUAUUAUUGGUGAAGACUCGGAGCUGGUAGACCAAAGAUCGGCUUUGGAGAUUUUGCAAGAACAGCAAAAAAAGAAGGAGAUCAAGCCAGUUGACCACGCAAAGAUCAAUUACCUUCCGCUUCAAAAGAAGUUUUAUGUGGUUCCGAAGGAAAUCAAGGAUUUAUCAGAGGCGGAAGUGGAGGCGAUACGCAAGGAAUCAGAGAUCAAAAUUCGCGGAAAGGCUUGCCCUCGCCCGCUGCAAAAGUGGACCCAAUGUGGCUUUAGCGUCCGGAUGCUUCAGUUGAUAAAGAAACAGGGUUAUGAAGAGCCGUUUGCCAUUCAAAAGCAGGCGCUGCCUGCCAUUAUGUCUGGGCGUGAUGUAAUCGGCAUUGCUAAAACAGGUUCGGGUAAGACGUUAGCAUUUCUCCUCCCUAUGUUUCGUCAUAUUCUUGCGCAACCUCCUUUGCAAGAAAAGGAAGGUCCGAUUGGAAUUGUCAUGGCGCCGGCUCGAGAACUUGCUCAGCAGAUCUAUAUGGAAGCUCGAAAAUUCUCGAAGGGGCUCGGUUUGCGCGCUACUGCAGUGUACGGAGGAUCAUCUGUCUCUGAGCAGCUCGCAAAUUUAAAGCGUGGCUCAGAUAUUGUGAUCUGCACACCAGGGCGCAUGAUCGACAUUCUAUGCAUGAGCGCCGGCAAGAUGGUUUCGCUGCAACGUGUGACGUAUGUGGUCCUGGACGAAGCUGACCGCAUGUUUGAUAUGGGUUUUGAGCCGCAGAUCACGAAGAUCAUGAUGAACAUCCGAUCAGACCGGCAAACAUUGCUGUUCUCAGCGACUUUUCCUCGCGCUGUAGAGUCGCUGGCGCGGAAGGUGCUGCGAAAGCCUGUGGAGAUAACCGUUGGUACACGCAGCACGGCAUCUGGUGACAUUACACAAUACGUUGAAGUUCGGGAAGAAGAUGACAAGUUUAUGCGGCUAUUACAGCUUCUUGGACUUUGGUAUGAGAAGGGAAACAUUCUUAUAUUUGUGAACAAACAGCAAGCUUGUGACCAGAUAUUUCAAGACUUGAUGAAGGCGGGAUACCCGGCGCUCUCGCUACAUGGUGGCAAAGAUCAAGUGGAUCGGGACUACACCAUCGAUGAUUUCAAACGGAAGGUGCGAACCGUAAUGGUGGCAACAUCUGUCGCUGGUCGAGGUCUUGACGUGAAAGAUCUGGUUCUUGUUAUCAAUUACCACUGUCCCAAUCACAUGGAAGACUACGUUCACCGCGUAGGACGGACUGGGCGAGCUGGGCGAAAGGGUACAUCGUACACGUUUAUUUCCCCAGAUGAGGAAGAAUACUCAGUCGAUCUUGUCAAAGCAUUAGAAAACGCCAAGCAGACCGUUCCAUUAGAACUAAUAACACUAGCAGAAGGAUUCAAGGCAAAGGUUAAACGUGGAGAAGCGAGAUAUCACGGCAGUGGCUUUAAAGGCAAAGGGUUCACGUUUGACGAAACGGAGAGAAAUGAGACUCAGCGCACGGCAGACCUUCAAAGGCGUCAAUAUGAACUGGAUCAUGGCAUUUUGAUUGAGGAUUCUGGUGCAGCUGAUGAUGAAGAUACUGAAGAGCCGAGUAAGGAGCAACCAGGUGUUGCGUCUGACAAGCCACCUGUGCCAGCCGGUCCGAAAUCGAUACCUAUCGACAGCGAAGCGAUGUCGGCUUUCAUCAAGGCUCAAAAGAUCAUCCAAAAUCUGGAUUUGCAGUACAAGGGAAACGGGGAUGGCAGUUCUGGCGAAAAUCACUUUGUCGAAGAGCUAGAGAUUAAUGAUUAUCCCCAGCUGGCUCGCUGGAAAGUUACCCAGAAGGAGGCAAGCGACUCGGUUGCGGAGCUCACUGGUGCCGCUGUUAUCACAAGAGGAUCGUACAUUCCUGCUGGUCGCAAACCCAAUCCAUCAGAGCGGAAACUUUAUUUGGCAAUCGAGGGUUCGUCGCAAUCCUCCGUUAUCGAGGCGAGACGCGAGCUACAACGCAUCUUGGACGAAACGACAUUGCAAGUUGGCCUUGGCGGUGACAAGCCGCCCGAUUGGUGCUAUCUCAUGCAGCAGCAACCGACCAUUGUGGCAAGAUUAGCUUUUGUCGGUGUGCGGACUGACAGCCCAGUGACUGUUGGGCAAUGGACACGAUUGGCAGCAUAG